AGAUACCCUGUCCAGUCGAUGCAUCACAAAUGUGGCAAAACAACUCUUUUUUUUUUUGCGGCAGUAUGCUGAAGGAUACCGAUCGUGUUUACUGGAGCAGUGUUUCUCAAAUUGUAGUCUGCAAACGUGUUGGAAUAGGGGGUUUACGAGCUCCUAAAACAACAAAGAAACGUUAAUAGAAUAAAUAACUGUUUUCUGGAUGAUUUUAUUCUUAUUGAUAAGGAAGGAAUAAUUAACAAAGUUCCAGACUAAAAUAAUUCCAGUAAGAUCCAGUAAGAUCAUGCAUCGCAUCAGUAAAACUAUUUCAUGGUUAUGGUUCAAGAUGAUCCGUGUGUUUUCAAUGUCCAAAUCGAAAAUAUAAAGUGUCCAGCGAAUAUCAGAGAAACGUCUCCAUUGUCAAUCCGAUAUGAAAAUACUACUUCUGAUAGCCACCGGCACACCUGGGAUGGAAUCGUACGAGAUCGACUGGCCAGACAUCUAGUAGCUGCACACAGAAACAUUACGAAAGUAAACAUAUUGCGAGAGAUUUCCGAUAUAUCGAGGGUCAAAGACUACGUUCUCGUUAGUGUCGAAUUUCGUUCGUACGAGGCUUGUCAUCAAUCACCACGCAAAGGCAAAUAUUUUCACGGAUUAUUAAUCGCUUCGAUGAAACUGUAUUCCAUUGCUCUGCGCUGUUUGCAGCGUGGCUUCCCUGUGGAAUCGCAGCGGACUCUCGGCGCUGUCAACCUCGAGCAUCUGAAACCGGAAGUGGUGCUCAGUGAGAACAAUCGGAAGUCCUUUAUCGAGAGAUUGAAGACUCACAAACCCGCGAAGAAAUUGGACGAGAAGGUGAAUCGAGCUGCCGUCUUGGUGCCACUAUGCAAGCACAAAGGGGAACUGGGUUUCUUGUACACCUUGAGGUCCACGAAAGUGACCUCGAACCGCGGACAAGUCUCCUUUCCCGGUGGAAUGUACGACAAGGAGGAUCAUAGCCUUCAAGAAACCGCGUUGCGCGAAACCUGGGAGGAACUUAGGAUUCCGAAAGAAAAGGUGGACGUUUGGACUUGCGGUAACUUGAUCGACAAGACGAACGUCCAGGUGAUGCCCGUUUUCGGUUACAUCGGCGACGUCGAUCCUGACAAGCUUGAUAUUAACACGGACGAAGUGGAAGAAGCCUUCUUUCUCAGUUUGAAGAAUCUAUGCGACCCCUCCUUGUGCCGUUUUACCCAAUUUCGUGAUAACUAUACUUUGCCAGUUUAUUUAGGCGGGAAACACCGUAUUUGGGGUUUCACGGCGGCGACAACGCACAUGAUUCUACACGCUCUCGUACCUGAUGUCUAUAAGCACAAACUCGUAUACUUAAAACCAAUUUUGCCAAAGAUCAAAGACACUCUCAAGAAUGAUAUUCAUUCUUCGUGAGGUCGUAAUGGUAUCUGUAUUGUUCGUUCUCUCCAUGUACGCUGUCAUUCGUUGUAUAAAGAAUUGAAGAAAUUGUUGUUACAUCGGCUUUUUUUUUUU